AUGAUGGAGGUUGAGGAGUCAGAACUGUGCUUUCCACACCUCCACAACAGCUCGUGCAGAAAACCUCCGAGCCACACCUCUGAGGCUCACAUCACUCUGGUGCUGCUGGUCUUCAUGUCCAUCACCACUACUCUGCUCAACCUGCUGGUCAUCAUCUCUAUUGCACAUUUCAGACAGCUGCAUUCUUCUACUAACCUCAUCCUCCUCUCCCUGGCUGUGUCGGAUUUCUUGGUUGGUCUCGUGGUGACGCCAGUUUUCACCUAUAUUACGACCUCCUGUUGGUAUUUCGGGGACAUACUAUGUGUUUUAUUUUAUGUUGUAACUGUUAUUGCAUGCACUGCUUCUAUAGGUUCAGUAGUUCUUAUUUCCAUUGACCGAUAUUUGGCCAUCAGUGACCCUCUGCGCUACUCUAUUAAAAUGAAUAGGAAAGUAAUUAGCGUAAGUAUUUCUGUUUGUUGGAUAAAUGCAUUUCUUCACACCCUUAUUGUUACAUUUGAGAACUGGCUCAAUCUCGGGGCGUAUAAAUCCUGCCAAGGAGAAUGUACAGUAUUUUUUUGGAUAGAAUUUGACCUCAUGUGGGCUUUUGUCAUACCAAUCAGCAUCAUUAUCAUCCUGUAUGCCAGAGUUUUUGUUAUAGCUGUGUCCCAGGCCAGAGCCAUGCGUUCUCAUGUUGCAGCUGAAAAGGGCAAAAUCUCCAAGAAAUCCGAGACUAAAGCGGCCAAGAAUCUAGGCAUUGUUGUGCUAGUCUAUCUUCUCUGUUAUUGUCCAUACUACAGUGUGGCCUACGUAGAUACUGUGUUGAUCUCUCUAAAUUCUCCAGUUCAAACCUUUUUGUGUUGUUUAGUCUUUAUGAACUCUGGCCUAAACCCUCUCAUCUACACCAUGAUCUACCCCUGGUUCAGAAAAUCAAUUAAGCUCAUUGUCACUCUGCAGAUUUUGAAGUCUGGAUCACGGGACUAUUUGGUUUUGUAG